AGUUCUAGUAAUUUCUUUGGCUUUUUUUCAGAAUUGCUUCAGAUUGCUGGAAUUAGUCCACAUGGUAAUGCUUUAGGAGCAUCAAUGCAGCAGCAAGUAAAUCAAAUGCCUCAGGAAAAGCGAGGAGGUGAAGUAUUGGAUUCUUCCCAUGAUGACAUAAAACUUGAAAAGAGUAAUAUUUUGCUGCUUGGACCAACUGGGUCAGGUAAAACUCUGCUGGCACAAACUCUAGCUAAAUGCCUUGAUGUCCCUUUUGCUAUCUGUGACUGUACGACUUUGACUCACGCUGGAUAUGUAGGUGAAGAUAUUGAAUCUGUGAUUGCCAAACUGCUCCAAGAUGCCAAUUAUAGUGUAGAAAAAGCACAACAAGGAAUUGUCUUUCUGGAUGAAGUAGAUAAGAUUGGCAGUGUGCCAGGCAUUCAUCAGUUACGGGAUGUAGGUGGAGAAGGCGUUCAGCAAGGCUUAUUAAAACUACUAGAAGGCACGAUAGUCAAUGUUCCCGAAAAGAAUUCCCGCAAGCUACGUGGAGAAACGGUACAAGUUGAUACAACAAACAUCCUGUUUGUUGCAUCUGGUGCUUUCAAUGGUUUAGACAGAAUCAUCAGCAGGAGGAAAAAUGAAAAAUAUCUUGGAUUUGGAACACCAUCUAAUCUGGGGAAAGGCAGAAGGGCUGCAGCUGCUGCAGACCUUGCUAAUCGAAGUGGCGAAUCAAAUACUCAUCAAGAUAUUGAAGAAAAAGAUCGAUUAUUACGUCACGUAGAAGCCAGAGAUCUGAUUGAAUUUGGCAUGAUUCCUGAGUUUGUGGGACGGUUGCCUGUGGUAGUUCCUUUGCAUAGCUUAGAUGAGAAAACGCUUGUACAAAUACUAACUGAACCACGUAAUGCCGUUAUUCCGCAGUACCAGGCCUUAUUCAGCAUGGAUAAGUGUGAACUGAAUGUUACUGAGGAUGCUUUGAAAGCCAUAGCCAGAUUGGCACUGGAACGAAAAACAGGUGCACGAGGCCUUCGGUCCAUAAUGGAAAAGCUGUUACUAGAACCAAUGUUCGAAGUCCCUAAUUCUGAUAUUGUAUGUGUGGAGGUUAACAAAGAAGUAGUAGAAGGAAAAAAGGAACCAGGAUACAUCCGGGCUCCAACAAAAGAGUCCUCUGAAGAGGAGUAUGAUUCUGGAGUUGAAGAAGAAGGAUGGCCUCGCCAAGCAGAUGCUGCAAACAGCUAAACUGUCAUGUCAGACUUCUGUCCUGUAUAUAAAGCUUUUCCUUCUCGUGUUUAGGAUCGUAACUGUCUCUACAGUCUGACAUUAAAAGCAUUGGAUCUAUCUUGGAUAUCAUACAUGGUCAGAAGCCUUUAGGAUAAAAAUCAGAUCAUGUAUGUUAGGUAACAUUACAUUGAUUUAUACAGAGGACAUUAUGUGGACUUUAAUGACAUAAUGUUCAGAGAUAAAAAUGUAUAUUAUUUUGGUUCCGUUUUUUAAAAAUAUGCUUAAACAAAAUUCUUAGGAGUUCUUUUAAGCAAUGCAGGUGUUGCAAUAACUGGAUUUUACAAUAAUGUUACUCUACAAAUGGGAAAAUAAAUUCUUAAAAUUGAAGAUUGGGAUACCAUUUUUUAGUUGAACCUUUUCUACCCAUAUUUGUUUCCUGAAAAUACUAGAAUUUUAUUCAUCUUAAAAAUUGGAACAGGUAGUUUCCAAGUGGUUAAAAAUUUCAUGGAAAAAGUACCCUGGAGAACCAUAUUUUAAUGAUUUGUUUAGCUGUAUUCUUAGUCUUACCUACUAAUGCAUGACACUAACUUCCCAAUUGGUACUAUAAGAAAGGCCAUUCUCUUGCUGACUUGUCUGAUUUAUUUGCCAUCUUUAAUGAAUUAUAGUAUCAUGAGUGAGCAGAUGGAUCUGAAGUCUGCCUUAUUAAAUCUUCAGAAAAAGACUACAUCUAAUUUUAAAAGUAGCAUGCAGCAUCAGUCAUAAUAACAGCCAUGUGCUGAACUAAAUAAAAUAUCCUAAUAUUGUGCACUUACCUAAAGUGCUCAGCUAGUUUUUUUGUUUUGGUUUUUUUUUUUUGUGCUGGAUUUUGUCUAAUUCUUUGGCUUCAUAGAACAUUAAAAACCUGUGCUUUGCUAUCAGCAGAAGUUAAUGUGUUCACACUAAAAUAUAAGUUAUUAAUCUUCAGUAUGUAACAAAACUAAACUAGGGGCAACUUAGGGGACUUAAAAAUAAAAAUUAUUUCUCAUAAAUAUUAAAAUAUUUGGGUACCUUUUAAACUUUUUCAUCUGUAAUGUUGAUAUAAUUUACUAUUCAUUCAGUUCAAACUUACUUGAAAAUGGUUUAAAUCAGAGUACAUAGAAAUAUUUGUUUUUAUUUGUUGGUUUAUAGACUCAAGUUUUCCUUGAACCCCCUUUUUCUUAGGAAGAGAACCAUAAACUAUAAGCAAAUUCAAAAUCCUGUUGAUUAAGAGAAGGGUUGCGCUUUCAGUGAUGUAAUAAGAGAUGUGAGAUAGCUAUUUAUGGCUGAGGUAGGACCAGAAAUGCACUUUCGCAGAUUUUUAAGCCUGGUUGCUAUAGUAUGGAACAGAAACAGAUAUCCUUGUUAGUCUCCCUAGCAAUGGUUAAACUUUUUCUCAGGAAGCCUUUCAUAUUAUAACUGUUCAUUGUCUUUCUCUAUGGCAUCAUCAUUUUCCUUUUUGUAGAGUGAAAAUUGGAGUAGCUACUAAAUAUAUUAAGGGUAAUCCUCCAGAAUUGGACUGGGAGACAUUUUAGUCACAACAACUUACAUUUGGUUUUGGAAGUUGUUAACAAAACAUAAUCGAUGUUUUUAAAUCAAACACAACUGAGUAUAACUACGAUUUGUAUCUUGAAACUUAUGUUUUGUCAUUUGAAUAAAACAAAAGGACUAAAUGAAA